CAGCACCAUCCAGGAGCUGGGACACGGCUCCUGUUUGUUCUGUGCUCACUUGAUCCAUGCCAAGGAGGAAGCCCCAGCACAGCAGCAUGGCACGGGCACCCUCUGCUCUCUGCUUCCGAUUCUCUGCAGACCUUGUGCAAGCAGCACUGGCUGCCCUGAUCAUCGGAGCCGUCCUGUGUGCCCCUGAGCAGCACACAGACCUCUCAGCCUCGCUCCUGCAAGGUUUUCCAUGCAUCCCGGACAAUGACCUCCCUGCUGCCACCAUCCUCGCCUUUGCCGAGGGGCUGCAGAACAGAACAGCGGAGCUGAGCGGUGCCCAGCUCUCCUGCCUGGCCAGGCUGCUCGCUGCCAGGAACCUGACGGCUGAUUUCAGCAGGUACCCGCCAGACCUGCUGCUCUUCUUUGACUUGUCCGAGGUUCAUGAUGGGACCUGUGAAGCGUUUUAUGCCCAAGCUUCCCAUGGGAACCUGGAGCUGCUUCCCAGGGGCUCAGCACAGCGCUUGGGGCUGCUCCAUGGGGCUCUGGCCUGCCUGGGGGUGAAGAGCAGGCGCCUGCACCCAGAGCAGCUCAGCGGCCUCGGGGCCCUGGUUUGUGACAUGGAGCCAGAGACCAUCACAGCCUCCGAUCCCAGCAUCCUGGAGAACCUGAAGCUGUGCUCAGCGCUGACAGGGGCCCAACGGGAUGCUCUCAAUGCCUUGCUCCUCCGUGGGGACACAGCGUAUGGGCAUCCUUCGAGCUGGGAUCUACGGACUCUGCAGAACCUGGGCCCGCUGGCGCUGGCUCUGAACCAGACCACGCUGAGCUCGGUGCCCGAGGCAGCGCGGGAGGCGUUCGGCAGGAGCAUCGCGGCUGCGUUCGGCAAACAGGGACGUUCCCAGCGGGAGAAGUCCCUGACUCUGCUCAGGGCCUUCGCAGCAGCAUCGGAUUCAUCCCAUCCCAGGAUGAGGCGGAGCGCAGACCGCUGCCUUUCUGAGCCCAUCACCGCCAGCACCAUCACUGACCCCUUCUUAAUCAUCGACUAUGACACCAGUGAGCAGUUCGACCUGUGCCUGAGCAACGAGGUUCUGAAGGAAAACCUGAAGCUUCUGCUGGAGCAGCCAUUCCCCACAGCCUACCUCCAGGUCGUGAAGAAGAAGCUGGAUCAGAUCUACCCCUCAGGCAUCCCGGAGGAGCAGCUGAAGCUGCUGGGACCGCUGUCCCGGCAGUACUCGCCCGAGGAGAUCAGCCGGUGGCUGGUGACAUCCAGCGACACGCUCUCAGUCCUGCUCAACCCCUCGGAUGGGAUGUGGAAGAUGCGUCAGAUCCAGCAGCUCCUCAGCAGGUUCCUGUCCCUGGGGGGCAUCUUGACUGGCCCUUUGCUUCAGCAAAUCGGGGGACAACUCCUGUGUAGUCUGCAGGAGAAGCAGAUCCAGCAGAUACCUCCAGAAGCCAUCAGGACUGCUGGACAACUGAGCAUCUCUUCCUGCUCUCAAACCAAGAAGGACCAACUCUACAGAAAAGCCCAGGAGGCCUUUGCUGACCUGGUUGGCACCCCCAAGGCCUAUUACUGCAGGAUUUGGCCAUACCUGAGUGGAGCUCCAGCAAAGGACCUGAAAGACUUGGCUGCAGCCGGCAUUGCCAUAGACAUGGACAUCAACACCUUCCUUGCCCUGAAUCCCAAAGCGCUGCAGAACCUCAGCGUCACGGAUGUGAAGAAUCUGCUUGGGCAAAACCUCCCUCAGCUGAAGGCAGCUGAAAACGAGACCUUGGUGAUGCUCUGGGUGAAGAGACAGUCCCAGAGGGAACUGGACUGUGUCCUGGGAAUCGGCCUCACAGGGGGGCUGGAGGAGCCCAGCCCCACAGGGACAGCCACCCCUCCUCACCCCACCACCUUGGCUGGUAUCACCCCUAUAGCCACUGUCCCCACCGCUAUUGCCAUUAGCAGCCACCCUCUCACUAACUCAAGUACCAGCAAGGCGCCCACCCCAAGUGCCACCACCCCAACCCCUGCCCCUGGUGCCACCCCCACUGCCCGCCCUGCUCUGACCACCAGCCCUGCUGUGCCAUGCUCCAGCCACCAGCCUGCCCCCACCCUCCUCACCACCAUCCUUGCCAUUGUCAACCCCAACACCACCUCUCCCAGCUCCAUCCCACCCCCUGCUCUCACCCUGCGGGCCACCACCAGCACUGGUGUUGUCACUAACCCCAGCACCAGCACCCCACUGGUGUCCAUGAACCCCCCAGCAUUAGGGGGCACCCCCCAUCCCAGUCCUGUUACCGGUAGCACCGCCACCCCAAGCACCCACAAUGUUCCCAGCAUCCUUGUCGCUAACUCCACCUCUGCACCCACUGGCAUAGAACUAAGCCUCCCUCCCCAUAAGCCCACCCUGAUUCCCAACUCCACCAUCUCCACCUCCUCAACGACCAAGACAACAGCACCAGCUUGCAAGACCAAUGGUCCCACAGCAUCUCCCAGCUCCUCUUCCAACACCACCAGUAAUGACACUGUUAAAACAACACCCGCAGGUGGGCCAGGGUCACCGAGACCGACACCCGACGGAUACAUCAACAUGAAACCUGAACCUGGAUCAGGAUCCAGGCUCUCCUCUUGCCUAGUGUAUGUGCUGACUACCGCCGUGGGAAGCUCCCUGCUGCAACGGCUUCUCUGACACUGCCACCUCCAGCACCACGCUCACAGGAUCCCUCCUUUAAUACUCACCAUCCCACCACACAACAGUGCUGGCAAAUUCCCUGCUGGAAAGCAGAAUCCCAGGAAAGGAAUUUUGUCCUUUGGAUACCAGCACAGAAUUUGCUUAUUAUUUUGAGGCUGGGCAGCGAAUGGAGGACAUUUCUCCAGCCCAAAGCAGCCCAACGGGUACUUACUAGCUAGUUGUUCUGUGUAACACAAUCACCAGCAAUACCGACUGGUCUGACAAUGCAGUAGUGCUGACAGCAGGCCCAGUUCCACCAGCUUUACUGGCACUGAGUAGUAUUUUACUUCUAAGCAGUCCACUGGGCUCUGUUGGAACAGUGGGACAACUCAGGGAUUUGAGUUACUGGCCAUUGCAAAGGAAGCAGAAUAUGGCCUAGCAACAAUCCACUAAAAGGUAUUUAUCUUGUUUCAUGAAAUCCUGAGAUGUUUUGACCAGGAUUUGUUCAAACCACACAAACUCUGCUUUGAGGGAUGAGUAACUGAAGACAGUUUCUUGAUUACUUGAUUCAAUGCUAUAUAAUAAAACAUCAACCCUUUUUUUCCC